AACUCUCAUCUAGAAGCUCAUCAAUUAGGGUCACUUGCCCCUCUCUCUCUCUCUCUCUCUCUCUCUCUCUCGAGUCAAAAGGCCUAUAAAACCAAACCUCAAGUCCUCCCAAGUGGUGUUCCUGCAACAUAAAGAACAAAGUCCAUUUCUUCAUUUUUAUUUUUUUACAAUAAUGGGUAGGUCUCCUUGUUGUGAAAAAUCUCAUACAAACAAAGGGGCAUGGACCAAAGAAGAAGAUGAUCGAUUAAUUGCAUAUAUUAGAGCUCAUGGUGAAGGGUGUUGGCGUUCUCUCCCUAAAGCUGCUGGUCUUCUGAGGUGUGGAAAAAGUUGCAGACUGCGAUGGAUCAAUUACUUAAGGCCUGACCUUAAAAGAGGUAACUUCACUGGAGAAGAAGACGAACUCAUCAUCAAACUCCAUAGCCUUCUUGGGAACAAAUGGUCUUUAAUUGCUGGGAGAUUACCAGGAAGAACAGACAAUGAGAUUAAGAAUUAUUGGAACACACACAUAAGGAGGAAGCUUUUGAACAGAGGGAUUGAUCCUGCUACCCAUAGACCCAUCACCCAGGCUCAAUCAGCAGCACAAGAAGCAUCAGCAGAGCAGAACCCAACAAUUUCUUAUGCUGCUGCUAAGGAAGAAAAUUUAGAACAAGAGAGGAAAACAAGUGGUGGGUUGUUGAUUUCUUGUAAGGAAGAGCAAAACCCAGUUGAAGAAAGAUGUCCUGAUUUGAAUUUGGAGCUUAGAAUUAGUCCUCCACACCAUACAGAGACUGAUCAGCCAGUGAAUAUUAAGACCGGAGGGAGGAGCAGUUCUCCCUGCUUUGCUUGCAGUUUGGGGUUAAAGAACAGCAGAGACUGCAGCUGUAAUGGUGGAAUUGGGAGCAGUAGAGGCAGUAAUUUUAAUGGUUAUGAUUUCUUAAGAUUGAAAAGUGGGGUCUUGGACUUCAGAAGCUUGGAGAUGAAGUAAAAAAAAAAAUGAAGCAGCAAUCAAUGUAAGCUGAAACAGAGAGAGAACAGAGUAAUUGAGAAACAGAGCAUCACCAUAGUUUGUUUCAAAAUUAAUUUCUCCAAUUUUCUCUUGUUGUUUCCUCUAAUUUGUAUGAUUAUUAAUUACUUAGUGCAUAAUAUAUACAUAGCAUAUGAUAAUACAUUUAUUAGUGCAAUUAAUCAGUCAAUUGGUUGGAAGAA